GCCCGGCCGUAGACAGUUUUCUUCUGGGAUUGGCUAGAGCCGUGGUUCCGCUCAGGUGUGGUAGGAAGUGGCAGCCGUCAAUCACGGGAGGAGACUCCAAACAGUGAGCCUAGAGCUGGAGAGCAGCGUUAACCGGCGGGGCGGCCGGUUUUAUGAGUGAAGCUAUGGCUACAGAUUCCCCAAGAAGACCCAGUCGUUGUACUGGUGGAGUUGUGGUUCGCCCCCAGGCUGUCACAGAGCAGUCCUACAUGGAAAGUGUUGUGACUUUUCUACAGGAUGUUGUGCCACAGGCUUACAGUGGAACACCUCUAACAGAAGAAAAGGAGAAAAUAGUCUGGGUCAGAUUUGAAAAUGCAGAUUUAAAUGAUACAUCAAGAAAUCUGGAAUUUCAUGAAAUACACAGCACUGGGAAUGAACCACCUUUGCUGAUUAUGAUUGGCUACAGUGAUGGAAUGCAGGUCUGGAGCAUCCCUAUCAGUGGGGAAGCACAGGAGCUCUUCUCUGUUCGACAUGGCCCAAUUCGAGCAGCUAGAAUCUUGCCUGCUCCACAGUUUGGUGCUCAAAAAUGUGAUAACUUUGCUGAAAAACGACCCCUCCUUGGUGUUUGUAAGAGCAUUGGAUCUUCUGGCACAAGCCCACCAUACUGUUGUGUGGAUCUGUAUUCACUUCGUACUGGGGAGAUGGUCAAGUCCAUUCAGUUUAAGACACCUAUUUAUGAUCUUCAUUGCAAUAAACGGAUUCUUGUCGUAGUCUUGCAGGAGAAAAUUGCUGCCUUUGAUAGCUGUACUUUCACAAAGAAAUUCUUUGUCACAAGCUGCUAUCCAUGUCCAGGGCCAAACAUGAAUCCUAUUGCUCUUGGGAGCCGCUGGCUUGCUUAUGCAGAAAACAAGUUGAUUCGAUGUCAUCAGUCCCGUGGUGGAGCCUGUGGAGACAACAUUCAGUCUUACACUGCCACAGUUAUUAGUGCUGCUAAAACAUUGAAAAGUGGCCUGACAAUGGUGGGGAAAGUGGUGACUCAGCUGACAGGCACACUGCCUUCAGGUGUGACAGAAGAUGACAUUGCCAUCCAUAGUAAUUCACGGCGGAGUCCUUUGGUCCCAGGCAUCAUCACAGUUAUUGACACUGAAACUGUUGGAGAGGGCCAGGUGCUUGUGAGUGAGGAUUCUGACAGUGAUGGCAUUGUGGCCCACUUCCCUGCCCAUGAGAAGCCAGUGUGCUGCAUGGCUUUUAACACAAGUGGAAUGCUUCUAGUCACAACAGACACCCUUGGCCAUGACUUUCAUGUCUUCCAAAUUCUGACUCAUCCUUGGUCCUCAUCACAAAGUGCUGUCCACCAUCUGUACACUCUUCACCGGGGAGAAACUGAAGCCAAAGUACAAGACAUCUGCUUCAGCCAUGACUGUCGCUGGGUUGUGGUCAGUACUCUCCGUGGUACUUCCCACGUUUUCCCCAUCAACCCUUAUGGUGGCCAGCCUUGUGUUCGUACACAUAUGUCACCACGAGUAGUGAAUCGUAUGAGCCGUUUCCAGAAAAGUGCUGGACUGGAAGAGAUUGAACAAGAACUGACGUCUAAGCAAGGAGGUCGCUGUAGCCCUGUUCCAGGUCUAUCAAGCAGCCCUUCUGGGUCACCCUUGCAUGGGAAACUGAACAGCCAAGACUCAUAUAACAAUUUUACCAACAACAACCCCGGCAACCCUCGGCUCUCUCCUCUCCCCAGCUUGAUGGUAGUGAUGCCUCUUGCACAAAUCAAGCAGCCAAUGACAUUGGGGACCAUCACCAAACGGACAGGGCCAUAUCUCUUUGGAGCGGGGUGUUUUUCCAUAAAAGCUCCAUGCAAAGUUAAACCUCCUCCACAAAUUUCACCCAGCAAAUCGAUGGGCGGAGAAUUUUGUGUGGCUGCUGUCUUCGGAACAUCCAGGUCAUGGUUUGCAAAUAAUGCAGGUCUGAAAAGAGAAAAAGAUCAGUCCAAACAAGUUGUAGUUGAGUCCCUGUACAUUAUCAGUUGCUACGGCACCUUAGUGGAGCACAUGAUGGAGCCACGACCCCUCAGCACUGCCCCCAAGAUUAGUGAUGACACUCCCCUGGAAAUGAUGACUUCACCUCGAGCCAGCUGGACUCUGGUUAGAACCCCUCAAUGGAAUGAAUUGCAGCCACCAUUUAAUGCAAACCACCCUCUGCUCCUCGCUGCAGAUGCAGUACAAUAUUAUCAGUUCCUGCUUGCUGGCCUGGUUCCCCCUGGAAGUCCUGGGCCCAUUACUCGACAUGGGUCUUAUGACAGUUUAGCUUCUGACCAUAGUGGACAGGAAGAUGAAGAAUGGCUUUCCCAGGUUGAAAUUGUAACACACACUGGACCCCACAGACGUCUGUGGAUGGGUCCACAGUUCCAGUUCAAAACCAUCCACCCCUCAGGCCAAACCACAGUCAUCUCCUCCAGUUCAUCUGUGUUGCAGUCUCAUGGUCCAAGUGACACGCCACAGCCUCUUUUGGAUUUUGAUACAGAUGAUCUUGAUCUUAACAGUCUCAGGAUCCAGCCAGUCCGCUCUGACCCAGUCAGCAUGCCAGGGUCAUCCCGUCCAGUCUCUGAUCGAAGGGGAGUUUCCACAGUGAUUGAUGCUGCCUCAGCUCUCAAAAGAGCUGUCUUCCAAGGAAAACACUGCCCUGAGCAAAGAUUGUAUUUUUGGAAGAUGGACGUUUUAUAAUGGUAAGUUUUGACAACUUGCUCUGGUUGCCAUGUGUCUCCCAGUCCCGCUGGUGGGUGGGUAUUUGUCAGGAAUGAGAAUAUGUCUGAGAUGGUCUGCUUUAUAGCAGCUAGUCUUGAUUUUUAGCUUCCAGGGCCUUCGGCAUCUUUUUGGCUCUGGAAACGUAGAAGGCUUUGGUUGCCUUGGCUGUGCUAUUGGAGAAAAGGAGAGUCUCCUGUUUCGGGAGCUGCAGAUGUCCAGUCUCAGAACCAUUGUUUGACACCUUUAGUUCUCCCAUGUUCUUCUUAUAUCCUUCCUUGUCCAUAUUUUAGAACUUACAAUCUGAGUAUUUCUUCUACUGAGCUAUUCUUCAAGGUCUGCAGAAGCCAUUUUUGUUUAUAAAGCUGAAAUUUCUCACAGCAGAUCAUUUAAUUAUUCUGUCUUAAUUACAGAAUUUCAAAGAAAAAUAAAAUCCUUAUCUGUACUAACAAAGGCUGCCAACACUUUUCUGUAGACCACCAAUGAUUCUUGUUUUGUAGCUUUUUGUUUAUAAAGGCAAUGUUGUAUUCCACAGCACCAUUACACACACACAGUCUGUGUGUGACUCAGACAGUUGGCAGGUUCAAGAUAGAGCAUAUGGAUGAUGCUCUAAUGACAUCUGUCCAGCUGUUGUAAUCACAUAUUUGGUGGACAACUGAAAGACCCACUUUCACCUUAACUGAGUUUAUGUGACUAAUUUUAAAUUUACUGUACAUACUUUUUUAUAUGUCUCAUGUUUAUUAAUAAUAAUUCCACAAGUAUUUCUCUCAAUUCUAAAUCCCAGAGCUUCAUAAAAAGUGGCAAAUUAUCUUCCCAAUUAAUUAUGAGAAAUUCAUCUGUACAAUUUUUUUAUUCUCCACCAAUACAACCCAAGGACACCUAUCAUUAGAAUAACUACAAAACUGAUUCUUGAUUACCUUUUGCCUGGGACACUGCAGAAGUAACCAGAUUGGUCCCACAAACAUAAGCCUCUCUAACCCUGCUGCCUCCCUGGUUUAUCUUGCAUAAUUUGAAUAGAAUCUUCUUCCUCAAAUAAUUUUUAUCCUGCCACCCCUGUUUUCAAGAACCUUUGAUUGUAUCCCAUUUUAUAACAUGAAGUUCAAAUGUUUUGAAUGGAGAUUUAAAAAGUCUAGCCAUGCUUCUUGUACAUCCCCUCUAGGAGCACCCCCACCCUAAUCAAAUUGACCUUUUUAGUUUAGCUGGGCUCCAACCAGUUCUGAUUCUAGCUCCUGAAGUCAGCAUCAAGAAAUAUUUGUCUUGGGCCAGGCAUAGUGGUUCAUGCCAGUAAUCUCAGCACUUUGGGAGGCCGAGGCAGG